GAAGCGGAAGUGCUUGAACGGUAGUCAAUAGAAGGAGGGGUAGUAGUACGGUAGCAGUUGGCGGCUGUUUUCCUUUGCUGAGUUGCCUUCCUUGAAGUGAAUCCAUAUAGUGCCAUGGCUGCCUCGGGACUGCCCCCGCUGCCUGCGCAAUUCAAGACCAUUCAACACUUCCUGAGAACCGCGCAGGAGCUCGACAAGCGUGAACCUGUGGUAGCUUACUAUUGUCGUUUGUAUGCUAUGCAGACAGGCAUGAAGAUUGAUAGUAAAAAUCCAGAAUGUCGUAAAUUCUUAUGCAAACUAAUGGAUCAGCUUGAAGCUAUGAAGAAACAGCUUGGCGAUAAUGAAGCAAUUACUCAGGAAAUAGUUGGUUGUGCCCAUGUGGAGAAUUAUGCAUUGAAAAUGUUUCUUUAUGCUGAUAAUGAAGAUCGCGCUGGUCAGUUUCACAAAAAUAUGAUUAAAUCCUUUUAUACCGCAAGUCUUCUAAUAGAUGUCCUGACAGUAUUUGGAGAACUAACAGACGAGAACAUUCAGCACAGAAAAUAUGCCCGGUGGAAGGCAGCAUAUAUUCAUAACUGUCUAAAAAAUGGAGAGACUCCACAAUCUGGACCUAUUGGAAUGGAGGAAGAACUUGAUGAUGAAAAUGAACAAGCCAGUUCUCCAACACCAUCCAGCCAAGAAUCAGAACCAUCCUCUACCUUUCAGUCAAGUAAUAUUCCCACAAACAGUUACAGUGGCAUACAUAUCCCACCAGGUGCUCAUGCCCCUGCUAACACUCCUGCAGAGGUACCCCAUAGCACAGGAGAAACAAGUAAUACAAUUCAACCCACACCUCAGAAUGUUCCCCUGGUUGAUCCUUCACUUUAUAAUGUCCAACCUGCAGGGGAAAUUCGUUUGACUCCCGAAGAUUUUUCCAGGGCUCAGAAAUACUGCAAAUUUGCUGGCAGUGCUUUGCAGUAUGAAGAUGUGAACACUGCUGUGCAGAAUCUACAGAAAGCCCUCAAGUUACUGACGACAGGCAGAGAAUGAUGCCUUUGUCUGCUGGCUUCAUCACUUGUACCUAAAAAAACUUAACAGGCAGUUACUCUUAACUCUUGUCAGGAAAAUGCAUUUGCACAAAAGCUUUUGAUUUCUGUGAUAAGAAUACAGCCUCUGUGUCUGUCUCAUUCUUUCUGACAGAGGAAUAAGAACUAUCUGGGGACAGAGGUUUACAUUCAGCACACCAAUUGUGGCACUCCUCGCCCAAAACUAUAAAAUACCCCCCAUGGCUGUGCUGUCCUUUUUACAAGAUUGGGUAGGGAGGGAAAUACUUCUUGAUGGCAUACAUUUUUGUUUGGAAUUUGUUAUAAGAGAAGAUUGUUUGAAAUGCAACAUGUCUCUAAUUGAAAUGUCCAGACCAUUUGGGUGAAGGGAUGCUAUAUAGUAAAACCAAUGCAGCAAAUAAGGCAGAAGUGUUUUUUUGAGAAACUUUUAAAUUAAGUUAGAAAGGUAUAGUUAGCUUUACUGAUAUUGCUGGAAAGCCAUUGUAAUGUUUCCUGGUUCCAAUACUCAUUAAAGCAAUAUAAUUUUGUGUGUGUAUGUGUGUGUUGUUUUUUUCAUUGUGUAGCUCAUUUCAGUUUUGAGGAUAAAGGAAAUAUACAUCUGAAA